AUGCAGAAGUUCUUCAAUCACCUGGAAGAACUACGCAUUCGCCAUGUAAGAAGCCUUGACGAGGUUUUUCAUAAAUUCAAUGCUUAUGAAACCACCUUCAUGAAUUCAUCAAUCGGUGUUCAAUUGGGUGAGGUUGCUAGGCAGCAGAUACGGGCAUUGAAUAAUGAGCGAUUGGCAAAGGGGAAGACUAAUACCUACUUGAGAAACCUCCGCGAAUUGCAACAUUUUUACCAUGCGAAGCAUCGAGAAGAUAUUGAGUUAUGUGCUAGCUGGUUGAUAGUGAUGCUCAACGCAAAUAUCGUUGGCCAGACCAACAUUGGUAAAGCGCUGCUACCCAAUCUUAUAACCUCCAAUCUUUUGAUUGGAACUAUGUGUCGUCGUGGUGAUCAGACCGUCUUUCAUUUCGACAACUUGCUCAGUGGUACAUUUGCCCCUAAUGGAGGAACCAAGGAUUACAACAGCGGCAAAGAAUGA